AUGCUGACCGAAUUCGACGAAACAUGUGGAUGCAUCGGUCUUCAGCUGAACCUACAAAAGACGAUGUUCAUGCGGAACGGAUGGGUCUCGGAUGUCCAAUUCACUUUCAACGGAACGAACAUACCCGAAUGCACCAGCUACGUUUAUCUGGGUCGGGAAUUGAACAUGAUGAACGACCUGACCCCCGAGCUGGGCAGGAGGAGAAGAGUGGCUUGGGGAGCGUACAAGAGCAUCGAGGAUGUAGUGAAGAAGACCAGGAACACCCGGCUCCGUGCUCAGCUCUUCAAUACCACCGUACUUCCUGCUUUGACCUAUGCUUCGGAAACCUGGGCAUUUCGCAAGCAGGAAGAAAACGCGGUGAGCGUCAUUGAACGCGCAAUGAAGAGAGUGAUGCUAGGAGUAUCCCGUUUCACGCAAGUGAGGGACGGGAUUCGAAGUCCUCUCCUACGUCAGCGAUCGAAGAUUAGAGACGCCGCCGCGUUUGCCAAGUAA